GCGGGCCGGGGGGAGAGUCGCCGUGGUCUCGGCCGGCGUUCCUCGGAACAGCGGCUUCAUGCCGGCGAGCAGGGCGUACUUCGAGCGGGCGGUGCAGGGCGGGUUCUCCACGCAGCUGCAGAUGCUCGAUCAGGGACCCCUGGGCCUGGCGCGGCAGAACGUCGCGACGCGCAAGAGGCUUGGCCGCGCAGCCCCGGCGCCAGCCCUCGCCCCUGCGCGCACCGCGAGCUCCGCGCCGCUGCAGUCCAGCUCGCGCCGCCUGCUGCCGCUCUCGGCCAGCUCGGGAGGCGCUGGCGCCGAGGUUUUUUCCAGGUUCGACGAGGAUUGCAACGACAGCAUCUCCGUGCACGAGCUCGGGGCGAUGUUGCGCUACAUGGGCUUCGCUGUGACCAUUGCCGACCUCCACCUUCUCAUCGCCCAGGUCGACGUGGACCGUAGCGGCGACCUCGACUUUCGUGAGUUCAUCCGCCUGAUGCGGCUCCACAGGAGGACAGAGCUGAACCGUCUCCGCAGCAUCUUCGCGAGGCACGAGGGGGGCGACGCUCCGUCAGGGCGCCUGGCGGCCUCGGUGCUGCCAGAUGCGCUCACGGCGGCGAUUGGUUUCGGCUUGCCCCCGGUGCUGAUCCAGGCGUUGCCGCUGAUCCUCGGCCAGGCGCAAGAGAAAAGGGCGACCUUGAAGGAGCUGGCGGCGUGCUCCCCGCAGGAGAACCCCACCCCGCGGAGCCCGCGCGGUCCGCUCAGCUCUGCCGCCGCGCUCCCCGAGCUGUCGGACAGCAGGAACUCGCUCAUGGCUGCGCUCCAGAAGAAGGUGAUCACUGCCCCGGAGGUUCCGAUCGCAGAUAUAAACAAGCUGGGCAGAGGCGAGGUGGUGAAGGUGAUCGGCGACGUCAGCAAGGUCAAGGAGGCCUGCGAGAGUGCAGGGCUCACGGACAAGAACAACGUGGCCCGCGGCGCGGCCACUGGCUCCUUCCUCCACGUGGUCGACAAGGACGUCAUCGCCGGGACCGUCAGGUGCCAUUCGUCGCUGCACGGGGACCUGUGGUUUGCGCUCCCGGCGCUGUGCGAGACGCGAGCCUCCAGGGAGAUCGCCGACGCUUUCGCGGGCUCUCUGCCGGCUCUGCAGUCCUGUGGCAAUCAGGGGGUCGAUUUCGAUUCGUUCGUGGAGCUCGCAGACCUCUUCCGGGUCGUCCGCAAUGUAUGGGACCGGAUGAAGGCCGGAUUCUCCGACAUGGAGAUCAAACGUUUCCGGGACGUCUUUGCGAGAUACGAUUCGGAUGGCAGUGGUGACAUCGAUGAAAAGGAGAUAAUGGCUUUGUUAGGCCACAUUGGCAUUGAGAUCAAGACAAAGGCGAACCAACAGGCCAUCAGCGAGAGUUUGGAGAAGGCGCGCAAGCUGGCGGCGGAGGCUGGCGUGCAGAGUGCAGCUGGGCAGAAUGUUCACUCUUUUUGGGAGUUUGUGCAGCUGAUGCGGAUAGAGCGGACAAAAAGAGACCGCAAGUACGAGGACAUGGUCGAGGAGACGUCCUCGAACCUGAACUUCGACCCUGCGGAGGUCGCUCAGUUCCGCGAGAUAUUCAUUCUCGGUGGCGGAUCCACUGGGCGAGGCAGCAGGGCGGGUGGGAUUGGGGCGUCGCGGAGGAGCAGGACGGAACCGACAGGAGCACGGUCGAGGACCUCCUCGGCGACGGCCUGGAACAGAAUAUCUCCAAGAUCUCCCUGA